AUGGCAGCAAUUGGAGCAAUUGCGAACAACACAAGGAUCUACCACCUGAAAGCAUUUCGCGAACUGCGGAUCGUGACAUUGGAAAAGGCUUCGAAAUUUGAUGAAAAAGAGGAGUGCAUAAAAAUUAGGAUAUUGUCAAAUCAGGCUUUGCGAAAAAACGAAAAGAAUGCGAAUAGUUCAGCGGAAAUAUUUGGAAGAGAACUAGUGUUAGAUAAAGAUUACUAUUUUGGGUUUAAUGAAAAAUUUUCUAUUUAUACAUAUACAGGUUGUACUAUUCAAAUAAAGGGAAAAACUUUGCAAGAAUAUGAAAGUAAAAAUAGCACGAUGAAAGAUUAUUUGUCUUUAUCAUACAUUUUAGAUGCAUAUAGAAAAUUAGCAAAAAAGAAGAAAACAGUUGGUCCGCGUAUACUGAUUACAGGAAAUAAUAGUUCAGGAAAAAGCUCCGUUUCGAUGCUUUUACUAAAUUAUGCUUCGAAAUCGGGUUUUAAACCUAUAUUUAUUGAAACAGACACAAAAUGUAGUUGUGAUAAAAUUGAAUUAAAUAAAGGACCUGGAAUUAUGAGUUGCUUUGUAUAUGAUAAUAUGAAUAAUAUGAAAUAUGCACUUGAUUAUUUUUUUGGCUAUCUUGAUAUAAAUGAAGAUAUAAAUUUAUAUUACCAUAUUAAUGAAUGUAUAAGUAGUUGUGUGUAUUUAAUGUUGUUAAAUAAUUUAAAUUAUCAAUCAGCAAAUUUUAAAAAUAAUACUGAACAAGAAAUUAUAUUCGCAUCUGGUUUUAUAUUAAAUGUCCCAUCAGAAGCAGAUUAUAAGACUGUUCAAAAUUUAAUCGAAAUUUAUAACAUUAAUAUUGUUGUAGUUAUCGAUAACUCCUUUCUUCAUUAUUCCCUAAAGGAGUAUUACAACCAGGGUAAUGGAUCCAAUCACAUCAACGUGAGGAAUAUGGAAAAUCAACCUAGAGUAACUAAUGACGGUAUAAGCAGUUACCAUAAUAACAGUAGUAACCUAAAUCGUGGUGCAGUUGGUCCUGUAGAAAAUCUUUACUAUGCAGGAACAAAUGGUAUAGGUAAUCAUGCAGGGGGUGGUAACGUCAAUACGAGUAGCGGUCAUAUCAUGGUGAAUGCCGAUGGGGUUAGAAGCGAUGAUGGAGGUGGUAGCAACAUUGGCAAUGGUAAUAUGUGCAGCAGUUUCAUCAGCAGCGCCAAUGUCGGCAAUAGUGGUAAUGUCGAAUCAUGUUAUGAUCAUAGUGGGCACAAAGAAAAAGCGGUAGAAAUUAUUGGAAUGCCGAAAUAUGAAGGUGUAAUUCCAUCUGACAGCAAUAGACUGAAAUAUUGCAAGAACAUUUGGUUUUAUAAUUAUUUCUCAAAGGAUAUACAUGUUAAUAAUAGCAUAUAUAAGAAGAGCCAUUAUAUAACUUUUAAAUAUAGCUCAACAAAUUUUGUUAAGUUGGACACAAAUCUAGCUGUUCCUUUAUCAGCGCUUCCGGCUGAUUGUAGAAACAUAAAAAGAGAAACAGUGUCUGUUAGUUUAUAUAAUGGACAGGUGAAAAAUUUACUUAACUGUAUUUUAGGUGUUUCCUAUUCGAAAGAUAUACAUUAUGUUCAUCUUAUGAAUAUAGCUGCUUUUGUACAUGUUCAAAAUGUUCGAGAAAUUGAAAAUACGAAGAUCGAAAAUAACGAAAAUAGUCAAAAUAACGAAAAUAGUCAAAAUAACGAAAAUAGCCAAAAUAACGAAAAUAGUCAAAAUAACGAAAAUAGCCAAAAUAACGAAAAUAACGAAGAUGUUGACAGAAUUGAAGAAAAUAAAAAUGAUUUUUUAAUUGAUAUAUUAUGUCCCAUAUCCUUAACGACUAAGAAUUUACCUCCUUAUUUUGUAAUACCCGGAAAUAUUAAGCAAAUUAAAUUUUGA